AUGGAGCUUGAUGUGAGGCGUUCAGAGAUAGUUUUCAGAGAGAAGUUGCACGGCUCUGACUACUCUGUUUCAUUCCUGGUUGACUUCAAAGGAAAACUAUGUAUCAUGAAAGUGCAUCACUAUCAGGAACCAUUCUCUGACACCCCGCCAGAUCGCGAAACGGAUACCUUCAUCUGUGAAUAUAACGCAUACUUGCGCUUAAAAGAGACGGGGCUGUGUGAGCAAGACAUCGUACCCAACUUCUACGGCGCCAUGAAAAAAAAAAUCUACCCCAAGCUCUACCGCCCUCAUCUCGAUACCUUCCUCGCCGAUGACGGCCUACCAAACGCCAUCCUCCUAGAAUACAUCCCGAAUCUGGAGCCACUCAGACCAUCCAACUAUAGCAAGGCGCGGGAGGACGGUUUUCUGGGCAGCCUCGACAAGAUCAAUAAAGUGCUGAUUGAUCACCGUGAUCCAAGUCCGCACAAUAUGAUGGUCAUUAAGGAUGGUCCGGCCCGGGUGGUCUGGCUCGAUUUCGAUAGAGCACAGACAUAUGAACAUCUAACUCCAAGGAGACAAAAACUGAUAGAAUUCGAAGACAGCCUUACAGCUGACCUCUUAGAGGGAGUUGAAGCUGGCGCUGCAGGGAAGGAUUGGAGCGAGAUACAGAGAUACUUCUAUUUCGAAUCAUGACUGCCAGAAUCCUGCACGGUCUCGAAUGUUGAAUUUGGUUAUUUAGACACUCCUUGCUGUAGAUUAAUUAAUGUACUCUUUUGUUGGGUUUGGGGAUAUAUUUUCAUGC